AUGGAUUACCACCUGCUUGGAUUAAUUUUAUCUUUUCUCUUCAGUGGCACAAAGGUCUUAGCCGGGUACCCAAUUUGGUGGUCCCUCGCGUUAGGCCAGCAAUACACCUCGCUGGGGUCCCAGCCCAUCCUGUGCGGCUCCAUCCCCGGGCUGGUCCCCAAGCAGCUCCGCUUCUGCCGGAACUAUAUUGAAAUCAUGCCCAGCGUGGCCGAGGGGGUGAAGCUGGGGAUCCAGGAGUGUCAGCACCAGUUCCGAGGCCGGCGCUGGAACUGCACCACCAUCGACGACAGCCUGGCCAUCUUCGGGCCAGUCCUGGACAAAGCUACGCGAGAGUCCGCCUUUGUCCACGCCAUUGCUUCGGCCGGUGUGGCCUUCGCUGUCACCCGCUCCUGUGCUGAGGGCACCUCCACCAUCUGCGGCUGCGACUCGCACCACAAGGGACCCCCGGGUGAUGGUUGGAAAUGGGGGGGCUGCAGUGAGGAUGCUGACUUUGGCGUUCUGGUUUCCCGAGAGUUUGCAGAUGCCCGAGAGAACCGUCCAGAUGCCCGAUCAGCCAUGAACAGACACAAUAAUGAAGCAGGCAGAACGACGAUCCUGGAUCACAUGCACCUAAAGUGUAAGUGUCAUGGCCUCUCAGGAAGUUGUGAGGUGAAGACCUGCUGGUGGGCACAGCCAGAUUUUCGGGCAAUUGGUGACUACCUGAAGGACAAGUACGACAGCGCCUCUGAGAUGGUGGUGGAGAAGCACCGUGAGUCCCGGGGCUGGGUGGAAACUCUACGGGCCAAGUAUGCCCUCUUUAAACCCCCAACCGAGCGAGACCUGGUAUACUAUGAGAAUUCCCCCAAUUUCUGUGAGCCCAACCCAGAGACCGGCUCCUUCGGGACCAGGGACAGAACAUGCAACGUCACCUCCCACGGCAUCGACGGAUGCGACUUGCUGUGCUGUGGGCGCGGCCACAACACCAGGACUGAGAAGCGGAAAGAGAAAUGCCACUGCAUCUUCCACUGGUGCUGCUACGUGAGCUGCCAGGAGUGCAUCCGCAUCUACGACGUCCACACCUGCAAGUAACUAACGCAGGGGGUGUUAGGCCAGAGCCUGGGAGCGUCAUUCCUCGCGCGGUGGCCUCGUGUCACAGGAUGGUGCCGAAGACCCCAAUGUACCCGAUAAACUGUGCCAUGAUGUAUAUGGAGACAAGUGUUCCCUUCAUGAAUACCACAGCCAAACUGAGAGCAAGCUGAAGUCUAGCUUCUGUACGGGAGACUCAGCCGUGGGCUCUCCACACCUAAUAGACGUCUCCCAGGCAGCUCAAUGGUUCAGACAUUCCAUAUCCACCUUAGGUCACAUAUUGACUGAUUUUUUUGCUAGUUCCACUCUGUUUGACAAGCGUCAACAUGACAGGCAAUCUGCUCUGGCAAGUGGGGGAGGUGACAGAGGUCAGGACUGAGAUGGAAGAGGUGUGUAACGGACUCACAGCUGGGAACACAUGGGGUGUUUGUGGUCAAGCCAGAGGUGCAUUGGCACAGCAGCUGUGCAGGCUUGGUUUAACUUCUAACACUUGGAUUUAACAGUGUGAAACAUAGGAAAAUGUAGACGUCCUCCUUUCCCCCUUAAGGAACUCCAACCCUUCUGCCACUCUCAGAACCGAGCAU